AUGAUGCUCAUUGUUGCGACUUGGGCAACACUUCACAAACGAGUCGAGCUCCGUGAUGUCUAUAAAGGCACACUCGCAGCUGUUCUUCUACGGGAUGGAACGAUCUACUUCAUCGGACUGCUGAUCCUGAAUCUGCUCUUUCUGAUAUUCACCUACACCUCCGUGGAUAUCAUGUAUGGCAUGAAUUCCAGCGACUUUGUGGUGUUUAUUCAGGCUUUGACCUCCAUACUGCUUCAUCGGUUCCUUCUCCAUCUUCAGUCGGCAAAUCGCAGGUCGCUGAUGUACGACUCAGAGACCACACCAGGCAACAAUGUUAGGUUUACGUCUAUACAGUUCGGCGAUGCAGAGGCAUCACAAGGCUCGACGCUCGCGUCCGAGUACGAAUUGCGAAACGUCAAGCCAGGGUUAGGCAACGCAUCUGAGGGCAUCUCAGAAGUUCUACGAGUCGAAGAAACCCGGAGGUAA